ACGAUAAGUCGGUAACAAGAAUAUCACAUUCAUAAGCAAAAAUUGACAUUGGGUUGCUCGCCAAGCUAGGGCAGCUUCGUUACCUUUGGAAUGGAAAGAUGAAAAUGAACAAAAGAAAUUGAAUGUGGAGGAGGGGUAGAUGUAUCUAAAUUUGAAUUUUCUAUUCAUUUGAUACUUUGAAAAAAAUAGAUAAUUUUCUUAUAAAAAUAAAAAAGAAAAUAUAUAAUUUCUUAUUUAAAAAAAAAAAGAUAAUUUCAGUGACCAUAAGGUAAUUCACCCUAGUGUAGGGUUUCGUACCCCAACAGAACGUCACCGUAUUGCUCGGCGGCUAAAAUUGGCGCUUCAGUUCCCGCCGUGGUUUGUGGUUUAGCGGUUACCGCGGUCGAGAGAGACGCAGGAAGAACAAUUCGAGAACUUGGAAGCGAACAGAGUGGAAGCCAUGUUUGGUGCAGUUGGAGCUCGAGGGCUGAGUUGCUUCAGCUUCAGGCAUUUGAUAAUACGUUCUCAAACUACGACUCCGAGAUUUGCUCUUCAGCCGAGCUGUUUCUCGACCUCAACGCCGAAGAAGCGAGUUGGCACUCACAACGGCAGCUUUCACUGCGACGAAGCCCUCGCUUGCUUCAUGAUUCGCCUCGCCGAUAAUUUCUCCGGCGCCGAAAUCGUCCGCACCAGGGACCCUAAGGUGCUGGAAACGCUGGAUGCGGUGGUUGAUGUGGGAGGCGACUCCUACGUACAUCGGUUAUACCUAUCCAUUUACAAGAACUUUGUUGUGGCAGUUGAUGCAGUUGACAAUGGAAUGAAUCAGUUUGACAGUGAUGAGCCUCCUACAUAUGUCAACAAUACAAGCUUAUCGAGCCGAGUUGUGAGGCUGAAUCUGGACUGGACAGAACCUGAUCAGUCUUCUGAGAAAGAGAAUGAAGUGUUUGAAUGUGCUAUGAGGCUUGCUGGUUCUGAAUUUUUAGAGAGUAUUCGCUUCCAUGCAAAGUCUUGGUUGCCAGCUCGAUCAAUUGUGGAGGAGUGUCUUGCUUCAAGAUACCAGGUUGAUGCCAGCGGAGAAAUCAUGGUUAUGAAUAGAUCUUGCCAUUGGAAGCUCCACAUAUUUGACCUUGAGAAAGAGCUUGGGAUGUUUCCGCCCAUCAAGUAUGUUCUUUACAAGGAUGAUAGGACUGAAAAUUGGCGUAUACAAGCGGUAGCUGUGUCACCUGAUGAUUUUCGAAGCAGGAAACCCUUGCCAGUUAACUGGAGAGGUUUGGAAAAUGACAAACUCUCGGAUGUAGUAGGGAUCGCUGGCUGUGCGUUUGUCCAUGCAAGUGGGUUUACUGGUGGAAACCGAAGUUAUGAAGGUGCUCUUGAAAUGGCUAGAGCUUCUUUAAGGGCUUAACAUGACAGGAAUCUUAUUAGGAACCUUUUUGCCGAUGAUUUGUUGGAGAGAGGUACAAUCCUUCAAUUGCACUUGUGUUUUUGGCAAGGAAAUUCUUUGCUUUUUUCCCUGAUUGAAUUAUUUCACGAAGAUCUCCCAUUUCGAACCAGAACAAGCUCUCACGUUUAUUCAUUGUAGAUGUGGCUUCAAGAGCUUUUGCUUUUUCGAAACAUGUUAUACUUGAAUGACAUAUUUCCUAUUCAAGAAAUAUUCCAUCCUUUU